GUUCAUUUGUGGUUCACUAUGAGGGAACUUGGAAUAAUUUUGUUCAUUUUUGCUCUAAACCACAACAUUCAGGCCCAAACAACAAAAUCAGACACCUGCAGUCUAACGCCAGAUGCAGGGACGGGACCUGAAUCCGAUGUUCGAGUUUAUAUGUACUACGAUGCAGAAAAAGACAACUGUUAUCCGUUCCGAUACUCGGGGAGUGGUGGAAAUGCAAACCGUUUUAUAACAGAGAAGCAGUGCAUGAGAAACUGUUCACACAGAGCUGAAGCACUGUUUCCUAUGAACGCAAGACAAGUUUGCACUCUUCCAAAGAAGCCAGGAGAAUGUUUCGGUCACUAUCUCCGUUAUUACUACAGUCCUGAGCAUCACACAUGCAAGUCUUUCUACUGGACCGGCUGUGUGGGCAACGGAAACCGAUUCCUCACACUUAACUGGUGCAAUGCCACAUGUUACAAUGCAGCAGAUCAAGGCCUCGAGGACCAUUCAGGUGAAUCAGAUGUACCAAUUGGAAUUAUCUUGGGCGUUGUGUUUGGUCUUAUUGGUGCCAUUAUUUUAAUUGUGGUGAUUGUCUUUGCUGUCAAGAAUAAGCCUAGCUCGAAGAAACGUGGGGAAAAAGAUGGAAAGUCAGCAGAGCAACCGCUGAAAGAGCAGUCCAUUGAGAUGGGAGGAGGAGAAGCACAGCCUGCUACUCUUGAAGUCUCUACAGUCUCUUAAAUUUACAUUUUAAACCACAAAUGUACAUUGAAACUUUUGGGCAAUAAUUUUUUUACAAUUUUUUUUAAAGAUGUGCAGAUAAAUAUGCUUGCACAUAAUAGUUCUGUUGCUUAUUUACUUGUACUUUGUACUG